CUGGCUUUUUCUCUCUCAGCUCUUAGCUGUGGGUCACGGCUUCACUCGCUGUUUUCUCACUUGUCAUCUCUCCUUUCUCAGGGCUUCCAAGGCAAGACUGGUCCACAUGGGCCAACGGGUGUGAUCGGACCACAGGUGAGUUAUCUAGUCAGGAGUGAGUGAUUAGAUUAGAACUACAAAGUGAUUAGAACUACAUUUGUAGUUAUUUUGUGACAAUGAAAAUCAAACCUAUAAAUGAGAGCUGUGGGGUAAUGAGAACUCAAGCCUUGUUUUGUCAUUAGGGUAAAUCUGGUGAGACUGGGCCUAAUGGUGACAGAGGACACCCUGGGUCACCAGGACCCCCUGGAGAGACGGGUUUACCCGGAGCAGCAGGCAAGGAGGGAGCCAAGGUGAGUCGGUCGUGUUCAUCUUCAGUGAAUCAUCUUCACCAUCAUCAUCUUCAACACUAUUAUUAUUAUCAUCAUAAAAGGAAUCUAUAGAAGAUCAUACAUAAUUCCUCCAGGACCCUCUCAGAAACAAGAUAUGUCACCUCACCUCAAGGGAUUUAUCCUUCCCACAAAUUUCCAAACUGAUAAAGGGGAGAAAUAAAUUCCUCAUUCCAUACCACACCAUGCUCCGUGCAUUACCGCUCAUAAAAUAUGGAUGUUCCUCUCACUCUGGGAUUUAUCACCUUAUAAGAGCCCUGCUGUCGGCUCACUGGUAGACUCAGGCCUAAUCCUCCCUAUCUGUCUCUCUCUCUCUCUCUCUCUCUCUCUCUCUCUCUCUCUCUCUCUCUCUCUCUCUCUCUCUCUCUCUCUCGCGCGCUCUCUCUGUCUCUCUGUCUCUCUCUGUCUCACUCUGUCUCUCUCUCUCUGUCUGUCUGUCUGAUCUGGUUUCCAGGGAGACCCGGGUCCGUCAGGAGCUCCAGGAAAGAGUGGCCCCGCUGGGCUCCGAGGCUUCAGAGGGAGCAGGGGCAGCCCUGGCGCCAUGGUAAUGAGCUAACGCACCCACCUCACAUCUCCUCACAUCUCCUGACCUUUACCUUACAGACAUAUUACAUUCUGCACUGAUGUAAAGUACUACUGUAUUGUAUAGCGCCCAGUGUUUUAUGUGAAAAUCACUGAAGGCCAGUUUCCUGGAGCCAGAUCAAGCCUAUUCCUGGACUAAAAGGCACUUUUGAAUGGAGAUUCUCCAUUGACCAUGCUACUUUUUAGUCCAAGAGUGGGAUUCAUCUGGGUCUGGGAAACUGACCCUUAGUCAUUUACUUGAAAUAACUGAUGGUCGCCUAUCUGAUGACUGUAUACUCUGACAGUGGGAUGGAAACUGAUUGGUUGGAGUUCCUGUGAUGAAGGCUCUGAUUGGCUCACCUCUGUAUACUUGCCUCUCUCUAGGGCCCUGCUGGACUGAAAGGAGGAGAAGGACCCACCGGUGUGUCAGGAGCAGUGGUAAAUGGGAUUUCAUCAAGUUGCAAUUGUUUAAUUCACAUUUUCCCCACACUACCCCCCUAUCUCCACCUCCAUCCCCCAUCCAGGUCCUUAUGUGGUGUAUAACCAACAAGGACAUGUAGAGGGGGAGGCUGUUACCAUGGAGAUCAUUACCAGUGUACUAAAUCAAAAAGUGAAUCAUGUGACGUUGUCCUCUUACCUCCUCUCUGUUCCCCCAUCGUGUCGUUACCCAGGGAGCCACUGGGGAGAAAGGGCCUUCUGGAACGGCUGGUGCUAUUGGUCAGCCCGGACGCUCUGGUGGGGUCGGCCCUGGAGGACCAAUGGGAGAAAAGGGCGAGCCAGUAAGAGCCUUUGAUCAUUUCCUUAUUUAUUUAUUUUCUAAUGCAACGCUAGUCAAUUUCUAAAUGGACAUACGUACAUCACUGCUCAUUACUGAGAAAUAAACUGCAUGUGUGGGUUCCUCUGUACUGUAUGUGUCAUAAUGAGUGUUUACGUGUGUGUGUGUGUGUUUGUGUGUGUGUGUGUGUGUCUGCGGGUUCCACCCUCUCUGCGUUAUCUAUUAAUCAAUAUGUCUUGGUGCAAUAUGAGACUAGAGUAGUGGCGGUGGUUAGACUAACAAUGUUUCCUCAUCCAUCUGUUCCCUAGGGAGAGAAGGGGCCCAUCGGGCCGGCUGGACAGGACGGGGCGCAGGGGCCAGUGGGGCUGCCAGGGGCUGCUGGCCCCGUUGGGCCUCCAGGAGAGGACGGAGACAAGGUACUUACACCUGUACACACGUACAGUACAGUAGGUACCAUACCACUGUAG